AUGAACCGACCUGGACAAGCCCCCCCGCCUACCGUCUCCCCAGAGGAGCUCUUCAAUGUAGUAUGCGGCGCCGCGUCCCAGAACCCAGGACAAGUACAGGCAUCUACUACCCGUCUCAAAGAGCUCCUGGACAUUCCUGGGGCGUAUGAUCUCCUGCACGAGAUCGCGGCGACGAAGACGGUGGCUUUGCAGGUGCGGCAACAGGCUAUCAUCCAGUUCAAGAAUGCUGCGACGGGCCAUUGGCGAUCACGCAAGCUCUUCCCUCCCGAGCACAAGACGCGGAUCAGGGACCGAUGCAUAGCCUUCCUAGACGAGACGGACGACAUCAUAUCUGAAUGCAACGCGCUCGUCGUUGCUAAAAUCGCGCGGCAGGACUACCCCGUUAGCUGGCCGGAUCUGAUCAAUCAACUUCUUGGAGCAAUCAACUCGUCUGUAGAAGGCCGGUACAGUGGCGCCAAUCCUAGCGCAACUCUGGUGUUGCGGCGCUCUCUGGAGCUACUGAACGCCGUCCUUAAGGAGUAUGCCGCGUACAAGAUGCUCACAGGUGUCAAGACCAUGGGCCAGCUCGUCCGGGACUUGCGGCUGCCAUUGCAGGCGCACUAUGCACGCAUGGCCUCCUCCUUACCAGCACUCACACCCGCAUCCCUUAACCAAGCUAGCACGGUAGAGGACCUACUUCUUGCUCAUUUAGCAUUCAAGUGUCUCUCCAAGCUCACAUUCUGGACCUAUCAUCGAUACACUUGCUGCCACGAUUACCAGGACCUCGAACCCUGGGUGAACGAGUUCUUCCAAAAUUCCGCCGUCCAACUGCAAGCCGUCUCUGAGCUGCGCAUCAACCUCGUCUCGGCUCUGGGCGCGGCUCCCAACGAUCCUGUGACACAACGCGCGCUCGAGUUGCUCACCAGACAUCUCCGCGUCUUUGGGAAGCUUUUUAGGCGUAUGCAGCGCGACGCGAAAGUGCACUUCGUUAUUCUGCCCAUGUGUGGCGACUUGGUGUUGUACUACUGGAGCAAGGUCGUGCAGGCAACUACUGGGUCUCCCGAACAGAUCGCAGACUCUCCUCUUGUCAUCUUCCCUGUUCGCUUCCUCGUCCAGGGCAUGGCACUCUUCAGGGAUAGCCUCGCGCAAUGGGCACCGAAGAAGAAGGAUGGCUCAACAAAUGACCGAGUCCUUUCGAAGGAAUUCGUCGAGGAUGCGGUAAAGAUCCUGGUCACGAGGUUCAUUCCGCUCAACCCUACCGAUCUGGAGGGCUGGAUGGAGGAUCCAGAGGAGUGGGUGAACACUGAGGAGAAGGAGAACGAUCAGUGGGAAUAUGAGCUCCGACCAUGUGCUGAGCGCGUCUUGAUGACGCUCGCGACGCAGUACCCGCAAUACGUGACGCCGUUGAUAGAGUUGACUUUCAACCAGGUAGUAGCAGGCCAAAGGUCCAUGGAUCUCCCCGCUAUCAUCCAGAAGGAGGCGUUAUACUGUGCUGUCGGGCGCUGUGCGAUCCGCCUUAAAGACACCAUCCCGUUCGAGCAAUGGCUCGACACCACCCUCAUCACUGAAGCUCAAGUCACUGACCACAGUUAUGCCAUCGUCAAGCGCCGGAUCGCCUGGCUUCUCGGGAAGCUUGUGUCCGACGAGUGCAUCGCGGCGAACAACGCGAAGCUCUGGCAGGUUCUCGUGCACCUCCUCCAAGACCAGGGCCCCGGCUCCGAUGCGGUCGUGCGCCUGACCGCGGCCAUCGCAAUCCGCGAAUGUGUUGACAGCCUGAAUUUCGACGCGGACGUGUUCGCGACGUUUCUUCCCGCCGUCGUGUCUGCACUCGUGCGCUUGACGGCGGAGGCGGACACGCUCGAGAGCAAGCGGAGGAUCACAGAUAGCUUGAACACCGUCAUUGAACGUGCAGAGGCUCGCAUUGUGCCGCUGAUGGGCAUGGUAGCGGAGCCGAUACCCCAACUCUGGACUGAUGCUGCCGAGGACUGGCUAUUCAAGGCAUGUCUGUUGGGUACAGUCACAAAACUCGUCGAGUCAGCGAAGGAAAACGCAAACUCGUUGAGCGCGCUCGUCGUACCACUCGUCCGCGACUGCUUCAACUCUCCUGCACAGAUGCACCUGGAUGAAGACGCGUUCGCCCUUUGGCAAGCCGCCCUGAGAAGCACGACGACCAUCGAGGGCAUGAACGGCGCGCCGGGCCUGAUUGAUCUCGUCCCUCUGAUCGUCCAACAGCUCUCGAGCAACCUCGACGUCUUGGGCACUAUCGUGCACAUUGUGGAAUCAUACAUUUUGCUUGAUGGUCCCCGGAUCCUCCAGAUGUGUGCAGUGGACUUGCUGCGGGCGUUCGAUGCCGCCAUGAAGCAGGCGACGGGGACUAACGUCAAACAGAUGACCACCGCUCUCUGCUUGCUGUUCCAGAUUGCGCCUCCCGGGUUGUGGGGCGAGGCCAUGCACAUCUCCGGUCUUUUCGCUGCCAUCGUCAAGGGUUUGGAGGAGGAAAAGCUCCCGACCAUGGUGCUCACGGAAUACGUCUACGUGCUCGCCCGCGUGGCCGUCGCCGACCGCCAGCUCUUCGUGCAGCUCGUCUCUGCGACCGCCGCGGCGCAAAACGUCAAGGAGACGCUCGUCUGGGAGGCCAUUCUCAACCAAUGGUGGAACAGGUUUGACAACAUGUCGGAACCGCGCCUGCGCAAGCUCACCGCGAUGGGUAUCGCGAACCUUGUGGCGACGGGCCGGCCGGAAGUGCUUGACCGGCUGUCCACGGAGAUCUGCAACCUCUGGAUAGACGUGUUCGGGGAGAUCAAAGAGGCGCAGGAGAACGCCAGCAACGACUCGUCCCUCACGUUGUACUGGGACCGGCCUUUCGAGGAGACAUACACCGACGCGGAAGGCACGCCCGAGUACCAGCGACGCAAAGCCGUCUUCGACAACGACCCCGUCCGUACGACACCAUUGACUGCGUUCAUUGGGGCGCGCCUGCGCGAGGCGGAGGCGGCGUGCGGGGGUGGCACGGAGCUCGAGUCGCGGUACCUCGCGAAGGCCGAGCCGCUGCUGCUCAAGCAGGUUUGGGACGCCCUCAACGGCGCCCUGCCUUGA